AUGUCCUCCUCCUCUCGAACAGCAAGGUCCUUCAAGUUCAGCGAGAACAAAGGCAAGGUCAUCACUGGGACCAUCAUUGGUGCUACAACAUUGGCGUAUUUCACCAACGACACUGUCCAUGACUCCAUAAAGCACACAUACCUCACAGCUGGCCGUGUCAACGUUGUUACGUGGGCCACGAUGCGAUGCUUUUGGGAGUACAAGAAGGUGCUGGGCUCGAAUUAUGUCUCAGAGGAUGAGAGAUACACAGCGUUGAGCCAGUGCCACUUGAAGUGUGCAAAGAUUACCCUGGAGGCGCUGGAGAAGAAUGGAGGCGUUUACAUCAAACUUGGACAGCAUAUCGGGGCGAUGACCUAUCUAUUACCAGAUGAGUGGACUUCGACGAUGAUUUCUCUCCAGGAUCGAUGCCCUGUGUCGUCAGUGGAAGAUAUCAACGAGAUGUUGAAGCACGAUCUGGGAAGAUCCAUCGAUGAGCUAUUUGAGGAGUUCGACUAUAAACCGAUAGGAUCAGCAAGUUUGGCACAGGUUCACGUUGCAAAGUUAAGAAGCAGUGGUGAAAAAGUUGCUGUGAAGUGCCAACAUCCAAGUCUGAAAGAGUUUGUUCCUUUAGAUGUGUUUUUAACACAAACAGUGUUUCAGCUGCUCGACAAAGUCUUCCCAGAGUAUCCACUUGUUUGGUUAGGCGAUGAGUUGCAAUCUUCGAUCUACGUGGAAUUGGACUUCACUAAUGAAACUGAUAACGCACGUCGUACCUCUGAAUACUUCCAAAAAUUCACCAGUUUGACUGCUCUGAGAAUACCAAAGAUCCUUGUAUCCUCCCCUCGUGUUUUGAUCAUGGAAUUCCUACCAGGUGCUAGAUUGGAUGACUUGUCAUACAUGAAGGCCAACGGAAUUGACAGAUCAGAGGUCUCUGCAUGUCUGGCCCAUAUCUUCAACAACAUGAUCUUUACACCGGGUGUAGGCAUUCACUGUGAUCCACAUGGUGGAAAUCUGGCAUUGAGAGCAUGUCCACCAUCUGGGAACAACCCACAUAACUAUGAAAUCAUCCUCUAUGACCAUGGGCUCUACCGUGAUGUAACUCUGCAAAUGCGUCGUGACUACGCAAGAUUCUGGCUGGCAUUACUAAAACGUGAUAGGGAAGGUAUGGAGAAGCAUGCCAUACAAUUUGCAAAGAUCACACCAGAACAGUUUCCGGUGUUUGCUGCUGCGAUCACUGGCCGUGACAUCGACACGGCAUUGAACUACGAUACUUCUAAGCUUCGUGAUGAUAGCGAGAUUGAGAACAUGAAGAGUGCAUUGACUUCACAGGGCCUCUUGGUUGAUCUCAUGUCUAUUCUUUCAAGCAUGCCACGUGUCGUUUUGUUAAUCCUAAAGACCAACGAUCUGGUGAGACAUCUGGACGAAGUCCUACAAAAUCCACAACCUGAGCGUGUAUUCUUAAUCUCCGCCCAGUACUGUGCAAAUACUGCAUACGAAGAGGAUAUGGAACUAAUUGCGCAGGAGGAGAUGUCGUACUCCAAUCUGGGAGUAACGAAGAGGGUUUCUGGAUAUUUCCAUUGUGCCUUUGAGAGAAUCGGUGCUGUGAUGAGGUGGUAUGGAUGGUGGUGGAGUUUGAAGGGAUACGAGUGGAAACUGUGGAUCAGAACACAUAUUUAA